AUGACAGAACUUAACGAGGAAGCUACCGUUAAUGAAAUUGAACAAGAAGUUCAAGAACAACAAGAACAAGUUUCAAUUCCUCAUAUUCCUCCUCGUCCAACAAGACACUCUCCCCCAGCAAUUGAUCCAGAUCAGUCAACCUCCACAUCGAAUAGUACAAACCACCCAGUAAUUCCCCAACGUCCAACUUCAAGACCAACUAAAAGUCAAGAAAGCAAGAUUCCUCAACAAGAAACUCCACAAGAAACUCAAGAAUUGAGUAGUAGUGGUAAAGAUGAAUCAGAUUCCUCGGCUAAACAAAAUUUUGAGAUUCCUGUUAUUCCAACUCGUCCACUGAGACAGCAUCUGGAAGAACCUAUUAUUCCUCCACGUCCACAACGUACAACUUCUCAAGAACCUGUUAUUCCAAUUAGACCAGAAAGUACUAAGUCACAUGAAGAUAAAGAAGAGAAACCAAUUUCAGAACCGGUUAUUCCAAGUCGUCCAAAAAGUAAAUCAAAUAAGCCUGUUGCACCUUCUCGACCAGAACUGAGUAAAUCCGUUGAACCAGAAGUUCCAGCACGUCCAACUAGAGAUCAUUUAACGGAACCGGAAGUCCCAUUACGUCCAGUAAGUUCUAGAGAAGAAGCUAAAGAAGGAUUAGAUAAUUUGAUUGAUCAACUUGAAAAGGAUUUGAGUGAAACUGUUGAACCAUCUGUACAUGCUCCAAUUGAAGAUGAAGAUGAAUCACCUAUUGAACCUGUCCCAUCUGCUAGUGGAUUAAGAUUACCAUCAGAAGUUGAUCAACAACAAGAGAGUGAAAUACAAGAAGAAACCAAUGCAAUCGCUGAAGGUCAAUUGAACUCAGAAACUAUAAAUAGUCUGAAUACAUUUGGUGAUGGUGAAGUUACUCCAGGGAAUUCUACCACUAAAACUAGUUUUAAGAGUGAUGAAGAUGAAGAUGAUGAACAUGCGAAUCACUUAGGCACUGGUGGCGAUUCAUCUAGUUUUGAUGAUGAUGUUGAAACCAUUUCUCAAGAACAAGAAGAUCACUUGGAAGAAGAACAACAGCAAGAACAACAGCAAGAGCAAGAGCAAGAACAAGAGCGUGCUGCACCAGUUGUUCAAUCUCUUGGCACUGCUAUUGAAGAGGAUGACCAAGCUGGUGGUGAUGAAACUGAUACCGAAAGAGCUGAAGCACCUGCAGAAGAACCAGUUAAAGAGGAACCAGUUAAAGAAGAACCUGUUAAAGAAGAACCAGUUAAAGAAGAACCAGUUAAAGAAGGACUUAUCAAACAGGAAAGCAAACCAGUCAUUCCAGUUAUACCAAGUCGACCACCAAAGAAAGCAUCUUUAUCAAGAUCAACCACAGAAGAAGACUCAAUUGGUUUAGAUCAAUCAAAACCAAAUAUCAAUAAACCAAUAAUUCCAAAACGUCCAACGACAGAAUCAUUGAAAUCAGGCGAUGAAUCUACAUCUUCUCAAACGCAACAACCAAGCAUCCCUGUAAGACCAACCAAAUCAAAUUCAUCAACUUCGAGUGGCUCAUCAGAAACUGUGACAAAACUGAAACCACCACCACCAAAACCUAAGAAAUUGUCAUCUAAGAUUGCUGCAUUCCAACAACAGUUGUUUAAUCCAAUGAAAAGUGGUUCAUCGGCGGAUGAAGAUGAAAAUAAAGGUGAAGGAGAACAACCAAAGCCAAGAAAAGCAGUUGACAGUAGUAAAUUCUUACUGAGAUUUGGAGGCAAUGCAAUCCCAUUACCUGGUAUGUUUAACCCUGGACAAAUUCCAAUGCAUGCAAGACCAUCUUCUACAACAAAAGAUGAUGAUAAUGAUGAUGAUAAAGAAGAACAAGGAAGUUCAAGAAGUGUUGAGAAUGCACCAGUUAGAAGAACUAGAGGUCCAAGGGGUAAGAAAUUGCCUAAAGCUGUUAGUGAAGCCAAAGUUGAAAGUGAAAGUAAAUUUUGUUUGGAAAGUGGUGAAUUAUUUGGGCUUGUAUUCACCAAGAAAGUUGAAGAGUCUGUUGAUGGUUUGAAUGAGGAGGAAGUUGCUCACAAGAGUUUAGAAGAAGAAGUAACUGAAGUCAAUGUUAAACCAGAAGUUGCUCUGAAAACUGUUGAAAAACAAGAAGAGGAGGACGAUAUCAUUGAUGAGUAUGAGAAGGAUGAUGAUAUUGUUGAGAAGGAUGAACCAAAGUCAGAAAAUGAUGUUGCUAAGGAAGAGGUUAUUGAAGCUAAAAUAGAUGAAUCAGUUACUGUCCCUGGGGAAUUUAAAGAAGACACCAAAGAAGAAGAGGAGGAGAAAGAAGAAGAACCGGUUCACCGUAUUGCUGUUUCCACAGAUUCUAGAGAAUCACCAAUUGAAGAAGAAGAAGAUGAUGAUAUUGUUAUUGAUAAGACAGGUGAAGAAAAAUUAAACUCUUCUAAUUCCUCAUUAGUAGAUGUCAAGCAAGAAAUGGAAGAUGAAUUGAGUAAAAACGAUGAAAUGUUAUAA